AUGGACUCGAUUUUUCAGAAAAUUCAAGCUAUUUACGAUGCUGGAACUCCGAUUUUCACGAAGGACGGCAUACGGAAAGUCGGCGAAGAACUUGGACGCCUCCAGAAUAGGGAGCGCGAAGAUGGUGCAAAUAUUACCUUGACAAGGACUGACGGAGUCGAUUACGAGGUCUUGGUCAAGUUUCCAGAAGUCGAAAGGAGAGAGGAUGAGCAUAUCGGAGGUGCUAUCUGGAUGAUUAACUAUAACCCGAUUGCGCCCAUGACCGGGAGCUGGAAUAUAGAAUUCUUCGAUUUCCAAAAGGCACACCUCCCGAUGAGGAUUUUUUUUGCCCCUAUUAUGUGA